UUAGUUCCGCAACACUCGUCAAUAAUUGUGGUUGGUGCCCCCGCCUGCGGGCCUUGCGCCACCUGUGUGGGAUGUGGUGUGUCUCGCUGCUAUGUCUGCCCUGGACUUUGGUCGGCAGCGUAUGGUUAUGGCCGGGCUGGCGGCGCGUGCGAAGCUGCCGUCGGCCCGGGUGCUGAGCAUUGGACUUGCCGUCGUAGCUGACUUCUGGGGUCGUCUCCAGACGUUUGUGACUUUGGGUAUCAGGCCGAAGGGUUGGGACACUGUGCCGUCUGCGCAUCCUUUCAUCUCUCGGGCUGUUGGUGACGGCAUGGUUUUGCGCUUGCCGUAUGACGCUGAUUCCCCGUCUCCCUCGCCGUGAGAGGUUGUGCGUGGUUGGUGGCUUUGUGUGUGGGCAGGAUGCACGCGUGGGCGACCGUUCUCGUACCUGGACGCUUGCGCCCUGGUUAGUGCGUGCGCUGUGCGUGUGUCCUGCGGCCUAGACGUUCCCCGGCACUUCUGUGCCUAGGCUUGUGACGUUGAGGCACAGCGGUGGAGCUCUGGCGGGUUGAGGCUUGCUAGGACUCACUGUGCGCGGAGUCACACGGACUUUGCCCGCGGGAGGGUUUGCAGCAAAGUCGGGGUUGGUGGAGUCAUGUUGGGCCCUGAUAGCAUGUGAUGGCUCCGCGUCUUCGGGUGCUGGGACUGUCCCCUCUGUAACAUCCGCAUUCA